CUCGCCUUUAACAUGUAUUUUGUAGUAGGCUAGUAAUUGAAUUAGGGGAGAGGAGCGGCAGGAGGAGGGGCGCUGCGCGGAGCUGCUGACAGGUGGAGGAGCUGUGCGCUGUCCGCGGUGCUGAACCGACUGCUACCUCACCGGAGAUCCUCACCUCAGAUUAGACCCGAGCUCCACUGACGUGCGCAUACUGAAGAUUGUCCACUUUUCCCAUCUCGAUUUCUCAAAGAAUACUCACAAAAUAAUUCAACUUUCCAUUUUCUGUGUUGCUGUUUUCUUAUCGCUGGCUGGAUCUUAAAAUGGCUCUGCAUGGAUUAACAUUGCGCAAGGCAAAAGCGGACUUAUUUGACUGCUGUUUUGUGACUGUGAAACCAGCCCUUUCCGACUGAACGUGUUCCCCCAUCUUUCUCCAUUUUCCUGCUCAUCUUUUCAGGACAUCGAGACGUUUUCUGCUUGAAAGACAGCAGCACGUUAUUUGGAUUAUUUUUUUUAACAAUAUGCUCAUUAAGCAGCUCUUCCAUUUGUUAUAGUAUUGUAGAUUUUUAAAGAUAUUUUGGAUAUGGAGCCUGGCAUGGAGAAACCUGCCCCUACCACUAAGGAGGGACUAAAACAGAUCGCAGGAAAGGCCCUGGGAAAGAUUUACAAGCGGUUGGAAAAGCGUCAGCAGACCACUGAGGGCAUCGAGCUGACAGAGGAUGGGAGACCCACGGAGGAGCAGGAGAGGAAGACCCCCCUGUGUGACUGCACGUGCUUUGGGGCCCCGCGCAGAUACAUCAUCGCUAUGCUGAGCGGCCUGGGCUUCUGCAUCUCCUUCGGUAUCCGGUGUAACCUGGGUGUGGCCAUCGUCAGCAUGGUUAAUAACAGCACGAUCCACCAGGACGGCAAGAUCAUCAUCUUAGAGAAAGCGAAAUUCAACUGGGACCCAGAGACCGUGGGGAUGAUUCAUGGAUCGUUUUUCUGGGGCUACAUAGUGACUCAGAUACCAGGAGGAUAUAUCUCCUCAAGACUGGCUGCUAACAGGGUUUUCGGGGCUGCCAUUGUGCUGACAUCCAUCCUGAACAUGUUCAUUCCCUCUGCCGCCCGGACGCACUAUGGAUGUGUAAUCUUUGUGAGGAUAUUACAAGGGUUGGUGGAGGGAGUGACUUACCCAGCCUGCCACGGGAUCUGGAGUAAAUGGGCUCCACCGCUGGAGAGAAGUCGUCUGGCAACCAUCUCCUUCGCUGGAUCCUAUGCUGGUGCAGUGAUAGCCAUGCCUCUGGCGGGGAUCCUGGUGCAGUACACUGGCUGGUCCUCUGUCUUCUAUGUGUAUGGAUGCUUUGGGAUAUUUUGGUACAUUUUCUGGGUCUUGGUGUCCUAUGAGAGCCCAGCGGAGCACCCGACCAUCACCACCGAGGAGCGCCGCUACAUCGAGGAGAGCAUCGGGGAAAGUGCACAGCUGAUGGGAGCGAUGGAGAAAUACAAGACCCCCUGGAAGAAAUUCUUCACUUCCAUGCCCGUCUAUGCAAUCAUCGUGGCCAACUUCUGCAGGAGCUGGACCUUUUAUCUGCUCCUCAUCAGCCAGCCUGCAUACUUUGAAGAAGUGUUUGGAUUUGAAAUCAGCAAGGUUGGAAUAGUGUCAGCGCUCCCUCACUUGGUCAUGACCAUCAUCGUGCCGUUAGGAGGCAUGUUAGCCGACUACCUGCGGACUCACAACAUCAUGUCCACCACUAUGGUCCGGAAGAUCAUGAACUGCGGAGGGUUUGGUAUGGAGGCCACUUUCUUGUUGGUGGUCGGGUUUUCUCACAGUAAGGGGGUGGCCAUCUCUUUCUUAGUUCUAGCGGUGGGUUUUAGUGGAUUUGCAAUAUCAGGUUUCAACGUCAACCAUCUGGACAUCGCUCCUCGCUAUGCCAGCAUCCUCAUGGGAAUUUCCAACGGGGUGGGGACUCUGUCAGGGAUGGUCUGCCCUCUGAUCGUGGGAGCCAUGACAAAGAACAAGACCCGGGACGAGUGGCAGUACGUCUUCCUCAUUGCUGCCCUGGUGCAUUAUGGGGGAGUGGUGUUCUAUGGGAUCUUUGCAUCUGGGGAGAAGCAGCCAUGGGCCGACCCUGAAGAAACCAGCGAUGAGAAGUGCGGCUUCAUUGAUGAGGACGAGCUGGCCGAGGAGACGGGAGACAUCACGCAGAGCUACGGCGCCAUGGGGGCCCCCGCUAAAAGCUACGGGGCCACCUCGCAGCUCAACGGAGGGUGGGUGUCGGACUGGGAUAAGACGGAAGAGUAUGUGCAGGAGCCGGCCGGAAAGAUAUAUUCCGAGCGCGGCUACUCUUAGAGCCGCCAGAUGUGGUGAGUCUGACUCUCCAUCACAGAUUGCACAACAUUAUCUUAGAUAUCUAAAUCCAUUCUGUGUAUUCAAGUAAAAUGGUAACUAGUUUCAAAAAGCCAAUGUAAAGGAGUAGUAAAUUGCAAUGCAGAACAAUCCUCAUUAGAUGACCACAUGUCUCUCAUUACAUCUACCUACUAUAGGGCUUCACUAUACAGAUUGCACAGAGAGCUGCAGGCCUAUGUUGUACUUCUCCUUAGGCACCCAAACCUCAUCAAUCUACUUGAACAACAUGAGCCAGAUGACACUGCAGCUGACCAUCAUAUAGGGUCUUUCUCUGAAAAACCACUCUGAUUGCACUGAAACUUUAGGUAUUCUAGAACAAGAUUAUAUUCUGUUUGUCAAGUGUGUUUUAUGUACUGUAUAUACCUGUAUACUGUUUCUGUGAGACUAUUGUGAAUUUUGGGUCGUUGAUCUGUGUUAACAUUAAUAUAAAAGGCCAUAUUUUUCAUGGACAGUACCUUUUCAGGGAGAUGUCUGCUUGCAAAAAAGGUCUCCCUCUCAUCGGGCGAGGCCUGUAAUACACUAUAAGACAAAAAUUGCGUGAGUGAAGUUGAUCCGUAGAGUUUUAGUGUGUGUUUGUUUGCAUGAAUUUGCUCAGAUCAAUGUUUUCCGAUGCAGCAGCCUCACUGUCCUUGAUAGUCCUCAUCCGGCUCAAUGCUUUGUUCUUAGAUAAGUCUUCUGCCAUUAUAAAUAAUAAAAUGAACUUUCAUAAUCAGGUGCCAGUCGUGAUGUGAGACAAAUCAAAAAAGUGUUGAAGGCGAUUGCUCAGAAGACAUUGUUUAUUGAUGUUUGGUGUGCACUGCAAUAAAUUCUGUGUACCAGCCGCCACCCAUCACAUCCUGUUUGGUAAUGUGACACUAGCUUGCUGUAUCUAACUGUAAUUGUUUUGAAGUCAUGUGAUGCUCAACAUUAAGGUGUGUGUUUUAACAAAUUACCAGUGUCUGGAGAAUCCAGCUUUAGUGCUCAUGAUGCAAGACAUAUUGUUGCAUCUUGACACGAGGAAUGCAGUAAUAUAUGUGAACGACCAGGGUGUUGUGAUCUCUUGAUGUUUCUUGGUUGUUCUCAUUGUCACCAAAAUUACUUUGCUGACACUUUAAUAUUGUCACGUUUGAGUGGACCACAUGAGUUAAUAGAUGGCUCUUCCACCUGACUUUAUUUAAUAUUGAACACUUUCUUCAUUUGUUGUAUGAAAUCUGCAAGGAUGUUUAAAAAUAUAUGAAUAUUUAAGAAUGUUUAAGAUGACCAAAAGAUGCUAUUACGGCUUUGUGCCUAAAGUUUAUGUAAACAGAUAAAUGUGAUUUUAUGGCUUCUAAUAUUGUGUUUAAUGAAGAGGUAUGUUGAUGUCAAAAGUGUUGUAAAAAAUACUCGUAUCAUUUUAUAAAAAAAAACUUACCAAAAA